AUGGACGUGAAGGCCCCCAAGGGGUCCCACCAGGGUAAGAAGAGUAAGACCAGGACCGAGGAGAAGUUUGCCAGGAAGUUUCCGUACAGGUUUUCCUGGCUGACGGAGACCAACGCGGAGCCCCUGCAGCCCUGGGAGGUCACGAAGAUGAGCAGCUCGCUGCGGGAGCAGCUGCCCCUGCAGAAGACAUUGGUGCCCACGAGGUCCAUCCCAGUCAGAGGGCUGGGGGCCCCGGAUUUCCCUCCACUGUCCAGCCUCCAGCCGCCACCGUCACCACCAAGCAACGCCUGGGAGCUGGUGCUGCUGAGCUGCCGCUUCCCCUGGUCCGCGGCACCCCCCGGCCGAUGCCGCCCGACCCCCCGGGGGCCCCUCCUGGAGCCCAGCUCUGCGCCGCCUCUCUCUCGACCACCCACCCCCCGGGUGCUCAGGGCAGCGGGUCCGGGAGCUCCCUUCAGGCUGAGGUGACCUGUGGGGAGGCGAGCAGCCCUGAGGAGCCCCGGAAAGGUCGCCCCGUGAAUACACGCUGCAGGUUCACACCCCUUUGGAAGGUCGUCUGCAUGUCCGGCUGUGUGUUCUCAUUCAUAAAAUGGGGU